ACAUUUAUACAAGACUUUCUCUCUCUUUUUAAUUUGUUCUCCCACGCAUCCUUCUCUUUCUUCUGUGUGUGUUGUUUGAAUGAUCUUUCCUUCUUCCAACACACAUUAGAGGAGCUUGUUAUGAUGGAUUCCAUGAAAGGGGGAACAGAAACAAGAACAGAGCAGAAACAAGAGUGUGCGACUACUUUCCUGAAUGAGGGUAUCCUUAUGCUUCUCUCUGGCUGGCAUGCCCUUCAAAUGGCCGUCAACAACCAAUGGGGUGGCUCUGACUCCCUCCAGAAAUCCCACCACCUUGCUUCUCAUCUUUUCUCUUCCUUAUCCAAAUCCUAUGCACCCGUUCCUGUUGAAGAUUUGGAAAAUCUGCUCCAUGAAUGCAUGUUGCUUACAUUUAACACAGAGAUAGAAGAUGGCAGUAUUGAACAGGUAGCAGAACAGUUGGUGGGAAUCCAUGAAGAAUACUUGUUACGACAGUCAUCUCUUCAUAUCUGAAAGAGCAUUAUACUCAGAAGCAGCAGCAGUCAUAGGUGGCUAUUCUGUGCUAUAAACGUCCAACCAAGCAAUACAGUCACUUGUGCUUUGCUGUUAACAUCCAUGGCUUCCAAGACCGCCUCCAACAUUCCCACCAGAUUUUGUUACUUGAAUGGGAAGAAAUGGAUGGUCACUCUCAUUUGACUAUUCUAUUGCUGAAGUGUUUCUACAACAAGGAGUGUCU